AUGAAUCCCUCAAAGAAGGGCGAAUCUAAUGUAGAUGUAGGUUUUGAUCAAGUUUCUGUGUGCUUUGAAGAUAAAUAGGAUUAACUUUCUAGAUAUGUAUAAAGAUUUAAAAAAAAAAUUUUGUUGUUAUGAAAAAGGACAGUGUUUUGCACACUUUUUUUUCGAUUCAUCUGAAAUCUUUUUCGGUUUGAGAAUCAAAGAAAAGAUUGGAAUAAACUCAGGAAAAAAUUGUCAACUUUUUUUUGUUUAGUUGUAUUUUAGAGGAUGCACGAUCCAAUUUGGGGCAAGCAGUUUUGCUGAAAGUGACAGAAAAAUAGAUUUAUAUUCUUCUGAAAAACCUGAUUGAACAGCGAAUCAACUUCAAACAUUGAUAAUCUUCUUUUUAAGAAAGAGAAAUGAAAAUUUUGUAGCACACUAUAUUUCAUCAAGAUCGGUUCAAUAUGACUCAUGUAUUUCAGUUUGUUUCCCACGAAUAAUUUCGUUAAAGCUUUCGAUUCUCUUAAAACUUUCUUUGCUCACUAAGGAACAGUCAUCGAAAUCUUUGACCAAGUGGUCUCCACGUUUGAACGUUUGGAUUUGAAAUCGAUAUUAUGGUUGUUUUGAAAAUUACACGUCACGCUUAUCUCUUUUGAAAAUUCAUUUCCAAGUCCUCGGCGCCUUUUUCGACGGAAAAUGGUCGUGCGGCAGAAGGGCAACAAGAGUUUUGAUUUUUUCGAAGCUAUAUUGGUAAAAGUUGGCUUUUGUCUAUUCUUUUUAAAUAAUGACCUUUUUUUAAAGACUGAUGUUUCCAUUUGAUUCAAGUUCUAGUUUAAUUAAAGGCCGCAAAAGUUUUUUUUUAUAUGUUUUCAAAUCCGGGGGUUCAAAUAAAGCUUAUGUGACUUUUCCGAUAAAAAUUCAAAAAAAAAAGGUGACCUACAUGCCUCUAAAAAAAGACACGUAGAGCGGCUCUCCGUCUCGAUUAUUUCAAAAAAUGUAUUUAUCAUCCUUUAAAGUAAGUGCUGAAAGAUUAUGAAAAGUGUAAGGAUUUUUUUCCGGCCUUCACUCAGGUGGAACCACUGAGGUACUGUAUCUGUCUCGUUAUAAAAAAAAUUAAGUUUAGUGCAGGAUCAUGUUUUUGGAAUAUUCAUGCCGUGUUAAGAGAUUCCGUGGAAUUCAGGAUAGUCAUCAGAGAGUGAAAAUUAUAAUUAAAUUUGAGAGAGUCAGAGAAUUUCGAUUCCCACGAAAUCACUUCGAACACGACAUAUAAGUAUGUUUUUUGCCCAAAUAAAAAAAAACUACCAAGAAUAUACUGAAAAGAAACUUCUUCAUCAGCUAACUAUUUUGAGGAUAAUUAUAUUUGUUAGUUUCAGAGGCUCGAGCCUGUGAUAUUUAUAUAUUUAGCACUUCAUAAAUAUUCCUUCAAUUUUACAAAAGUACGAACCGUACUGCUUGCAGGCGUGCCCUCUCCCGCUGCCGCCGCGGAAUGCGCCGCCGCCCUCCAUUUUCCACAACGCGCGGAUCGGCGUCAAUCCCAUCAACUCCUCGCUGGAAAAGCACGUCCGUUGAUCUCAAAAGAAAAACCUUCAAAAACCUCUUUGAAACCUUCCAGACGACGCCAAACUCUCGAAAACUCCAUGUGGUGAUCGUGAUCGAUCAGAAGGUUCAGAAGAGCCUUCGUGUCCGGGAAAUGGCGCUGAAAGACGUCCAGAAGGUGGCCGAUUCUCUCAACGUCGUCCUUAUUGUUCGUUUCGGCACUGUUUGAGAAGAGAUAAUCAAUUUAUUCUCCAGAUAAUCGACUUCGAUCGGUUGGACUUUGGAGAGACGGAAACUCUCGACAUGUUCUACAACGCCGACGUCGCCCUGGUCGACGUCACCGUCACUCAUCAGCAGCCCAGUCUUUGCUAUCAUAUCGGUAAAUCUUUUGAAUCACUUAGUUUAGUUUAGUUAGUUACUUGGAUUGCUUGACUAGGGACGGAGGGUCAUUAGCAAUUUUUUUGUUGAUUUAUUGUUCGACGUACUUCUUGAAAAGUUUUUCAAGAAGUUUUCAAUGAAUCUGAUACAUGAUUAGCCUAUAAAAAAACGUACUUACUUGACAUGAAGCGAUGAAUUUUUUUAUUUUAUUAGAUUUUUUUCAUAAGAAAAAAACCGCAUAAUCUUUGCUAUCUUUCCGGAAAUCUUUAGGAUUAAUUAAUUAGCCUAGUGGGUUAAUUACUAUGAACUGAAGAUGUAGGCUCAACCAUUUUUUGGAAAGAAAAGUUAAAGAAACUAAAUUCUCCUGAUAUUUUUCGCUUUUAUAUAAGAAAAAAAAAAAAAGCUGGAAAACUUCACCCCAUUUGUAAUUAUGAGCUUUUACAGUUUACUGUUCGUUUUUUUGGCCCUUUUUUUAAAAAAAUAUAAUCAUAAUAUUUAACUUUUUAGCUUUUUUUGGUGCCUAGAAAAUAUCCGAUUUUUGGUUUUUCCGAAUUGUGAAUUUACAUCACGAUAAGUUCAAAAAAAUGGAAAAAAAUCCCAAAAAAAUGACUUUUUAUAAGAACUGUUAAUGGUGAAGAAUCAUAUGAAAAAAAGUUGGGUAAAAUAAAAAAACAAAAAAGAAGAUAAAAAAAUAUGAAUUAAAGAAAAUCGAAAAAAAUAGGAGACUUUCAAAAAAAUUGGUUCAAUCAUUCUGUGAAGUUCUGGUUAUCUUACCUGAAAUGAUGAGUUUUCUAUUUUAUUCGAUUAUUGAUAAGAAAUAAAUGACGACGAACUUUGGAAAAAGGCUAUGACAUUUUCUAUUUUGGCUUUAUCUUAUCUUUUCGUUUCUUUCUUUUUUUUUCUUGGCCUUUGCUUUUGAUUAAUGAAAUUAAACACAUUAUUAGAAGUAGAACGAAUUUUUUUCAGUUAUGAGUAAUUUGAGAAAGUCUUGAAGAUGAGUAAGCUUUUGACCUUGAUUAAAUUUUUAUAUCGAUUUUUUUUUCUCUAAAAAAUGCAUUUCGGAUGUGUUGGAAAAAAACUUUUUCUGGAAACUUUGGAAAAUAUUUCCCAUCUUUUUUGAGUGAAAAUAAGUUGAAUUCAAUCAGAUAAAAAAUAAUAAAAAUUUUUUUUCAGGCGUUCGAGAGAGCAUGGGCCAGUCUUACAACAUGAUUUUGACCUAUUUGGCGCAAGAUUCUGAAUAUCAUGUUAUGGACGCCUUGAAGGUGACUUUUUCUUCUUUUCUCACGAGAAAAAAAAAUAUGACGAAAGGUAAAAAACGAAUAAUAAAUUGAGAAGUAUUAACUGGAACAACUCGAAAGAAAUAAAUUAUCAAUCAUUAAAAGUUUGAUUCUUUUUUUUUUGAAAAAUAAAUACCUCAUAGGUCGAAGCAAAUUUCAACGUAAGCGAAUAUCAACUGGGAAUAAAAUUUCAAACGAUUAAUAUCAUUUUUUUUUUCUCUGUAAAUUUCCGUCCAGUUCUUUCUCGAUUUUUUUACAAUUCGACGAAAAUUUAAUUUUUUUUAGAAAAGAAGAAAUAAUUUACAAACUUGAAAAAAAGAUUACUUUAAAAAUCGAAAUGAAUAAUAAAGUAACAGAAUUUUUAACUGUAUGUAUCUGAGAAUAAAAUGUGGAACCAUUGAAAUUUUUCAUUUUUCAUUUUUCAUUCGUUGAUAAUUCAAUUCCCUGUUUCUCUGUAAGUUUUUUUGUCCGGUUCUUUUUCGGUUUUUCAUGAUGAUAAAAUGGUUUCAGCGAAUCAACCUUAGUUUUGUAAUUACUAUAUUUACUUCAAAAGUUCUUUUUAGCUUUUCAAAGAUUUUCCUGUGUUUUUUGCCAAACAGACGGAAGGGAUUCAGAAAACGCACGCCCAUCUGCCGAUGAUCGUCUACAUGAACAUGGCGGACACGAACCAGCUGCAGUCCUACGAUAAGGUAUCGUCUAUCGCAUCACUCUUUUUUUCCCUCUUAUCUUUUUUUACCUGAAAUCAACGGUUAUCGAGCUUUCUUUAUGCGAUUACCACGCCCUUUUUCUCUCCUUUUCUCAGAAUCUCAGAAAAAAAAAUUUCAAGUAGUUCUGAAUUUUUUGUUCGUAGUUCUGGAAAAAAAUACCUUGACUAUCAGAAACUCGAUUUUCGAGUAAGUUCAACCGGACUUUUCCUUUUCUAAAUUUUGAAUAUUAGGAGAAAAAUUACGAAGAUGAGGUGCCUACAAAAUUGAAAAACAGGUUAUCGUCCAGAUGUUUAACUAAUGACAUUUUUUGGUUAAACAAGAUCGGAAAUUAAUCCUAAAUUUUUUCUAGAUCCUUUCUUUUUCUUUCGAUCUUCUAGGUAAUUUACUAAAUCAAAGUCUCCUCUUGUAACUUCCCAACCUAUUCAACGAUUUUUCCUUGGAUCUCCUCUUGUAACUUUCCAACCUAUCCAACUAUUUUUCCUUGGAUCAGAGAAUAAAUUGGAGAGAAGGCUUUGCAGCAAAGCAAAGGGGACGACGAAUCGAAGUCGCCGUUCGCGCGCAGCAGCGGCGGCGCGGCUCUCAAAACCAUUCCCUUCAGGACCCGCAUGAAACAAGUCCUCAAGAGUGUCCAGGUCGAGGCCAGGUAUUUCCAGAUUCCGAAUAGCCCUGAAAAUCUUCCGAUUCAGUGCCCACUCGCGAGAAAAGUUCCUGUCCGACCUGAGGAAAGCGCGCGAAAUCGCCGAGGCCUGCUCCAAGAACAGCUUCCUGGACAAAAUGAGGACGAGACUCGACAAUCCCGACGUCCUCUCCGUGGACACCGUCUACCAGAUGAUGCUCUCUUAUCGGUUCCGAUAGAAUGAAAGAAAAGUUGAACGAAAGACCUUUGAAGGGACAACCAGAACUACGGCGGGAUGAUCACCUUGGUCGACGACUUGAAGAGGAUCCCCGACUGCACGGUCGUCGAUGCUCACGUCAUCCGCUACCAGUACGCCUUCGCCCUCAACAGGUACCUUCCCCUAUUUGUUUUCUCCAAAAACUUUGAUUUAUCAUCGAAAUAGUUUUUCUAGAAUCAUUUUUUGGUAUUUCAAACGACUGUUCAGGAAAAACUGGAUCUUGAACUUUUUUUCAGUCCUCGUGAAUGGACUACUAUUUUUGCUCUAUUUUGUUUUAUUUUAUCGAUUUGAUAAUAAGGAAAGGAGGGUGGAAAUAAUUUUCAAAAAAUAUUUAAAAAAUGGUUAUUUUCUAGCUGACUUUCCGGUUUCAGAGUGUAAUUUUGGCAAAAAAUUGUUUUUUUCAUGGAUAGUUCACUCCUCAAUGUAAUUUAUCAGCAUUUUUUUCAGUUCGAGCAGGUUUUUGAUGUUCGUUUAACAGUUGAAAUGAAUGUGUGAUUUUUCUAUUUUAUUAUUUUUUUCUCUUGUUUUUUUGAAUUUCCAAAUAAUAUCCGUCUGAAAUUUUUUUAAUAUAUUGGUAUUAGAUUUUUUUAAAACCUUGUUGAGGGGUUCAAAGACACGUUGAAGAAUUUCGAAAAGUCCUUGAAGAGAAGAGCCUUUUUCUGUGUUAUUUUAGAUUAUGAAUGAUCUCUUAGACUUCAGCGAAGAAUGUCGAACAGACCAGAAUCUAUUUUUUUAUGAAUUAUUUUUUUAUUUAGGCGGAACCACGAAGGAGACCGAGAUCGGGCGCUGAAAACUGUCUUGGAUCUGAUCGAUUCGACCUCGGACAAGGACACUUUGAGUCCGGAUGUCAUUUGCCUUGCGGGUAGAAUUUACAAGGACAAGUUCAUUACGAGUAACUACGAGGACAGGGACAGUUUGAAGCACGCCAUCGAGUGGUUCGUCAAGGGAAAUGGCCACGGAAAUAUCCCCGACUUCCAGGUACCGAAAAGCCUUCGAAAUGUCGCCGUUGGAGUACAGUGGAAUAAACCUGACGACGUUGCUCCGAGCAAGUGGAGAGCACUUUGAGAGCAACGCCGAAAUGCAGCAAAUCGGUAGGAAAUGUCUCGAAAUUUGAGAAAAUGCAUCGUUUUCUAGCUGUCGUCCUGAACUCGUUGCUCGGAAGGAAGGGAGCCCUCCAGAACCUGAACGAGUAUUGGGACGUCGCCACCUAUUUCGAGGUUGGUUUUUCAGUUGAUUUUUCCAUUUGUACGAAUAUUUUCGUAUGAAAAAAAAAGAUAAAAAAAAAGAAAAAUUUGUCCAAUUUUUUUACGUGGGAAUGGUUUUUAAAUGGAGGCGAAAAGCAAAUUUUUUUAAAAAGCUUGUUUUAAAAAUCAAUCCAUUCGAGUUCUUAAGUCUCAAGAGAAAAUUUCAUCGCCAUAAAUUUUUUUCAGGUUUUUGAAAUUCAUUUUUUUAUUAUCUAGGGAAGCACAAAAUAAAAUGAAAAGGCAGAAGGGUAUGGAAAAUAAUCCAUUUAAAAUUAUAAAUACAAUUCUGAGAGGAAAUUGAGAACUUUAUGAAAACUUCUAGUGGAAUUUUUUCAGUUCAAAUCAAGAUUGCCCAGACAAAUUUCGAUGUUUCUCGAUCCAAUUCUUUCAUUUUAAGGUUUCUGUGUUAGCUGAAAACUUCCAAAAAGCCUGCGAAGCGGCCCUCCGAAUGGUGAAAUUGAAGCCGCCGGUUUGGUUCCUGAAGUCGACGAUGGAAAAUAUCAAAUUGAUUAAUCGGUGUGCGGCUACGAUCAGCCCUGUUGAGAAGGUUCCUAAUCUCGAGAAUGAAGGGAAAUUUCCGAGAUUUCUAGGAAAAACAACAGUUCCUCUUCUGGUCCGAGUUUUUCAUGGAAGCCACCGAAGCGAGUACUGACGUCAACUGUCCCCGUUAUCCCGUCCUGAUCCUCGAGCUGAACAAGGUCCGAUUGGAGUUCUAGAGAACCGUUUCGAAAGGAAGAUUUUAGGAUUACACGCCAUCCUACUUGACCUUGAACUGCUCGGAAGGAACCGUCAUUUUGAGCCAUGUUCUCGAAAAUAGCCAGCAGAAACGGCUUCACCAAGGUGAGAUACUAGGAAUUGUUUUCUCAAGAAAACAAUUUUCUCCAGGAAUCCAUCGAUGGCACUUCUCCCGCAGCAACAUCAAGGCUGUCACGGAGUCUAAACGGGACGAUCGCCAACUGUUCCUCUACGUUCACGAGAACUCGGACGACUUCAAUAUCUUGUUCCCCACGAGAUCUCAUUGCAAAAAGUGAGAUUAUAUUUUUGGAACGCCGCAAGGGUCCCUAUAGGGGAGCAUGCUAGUCGUUUUUUUUUAUGAAAAGAAUCCAUGCGAAAUCAAAGAAGUAGGGUUUUUUGAAUGAGAACUAUCAACAGAGGAUUGAUCGAUCAAAUUUGUCUUUUGAUUUUCAAAUCUGAAGAUAACAAAAAGACCCCUAUAGGGACCACUUUGCUUUAAGGGCUUAAAGGUCACACCUUAAACCUCUUUAGAGGCCAACUGACGUUCCUAAGAGGAUCUUUUUCACGUUGAACCAGCAUUAAAUUGGGAAGAAGAUAUGGAUAGCAUGUAAAAAAUAUUACAGACUUGAAACAACGAUAUAGGGCCCUUUUGUUGUUUCUGAUGUUGGAUAGGACAGAGAGGAUCUGCGAGCUUUGACAUAAUAGCUUGAAGAUUUUGAAGAAAGGAGAAAACUUUAUUUUUUAAUUAAUUUAGAGCGAAACCCAUUUUUUUUAUUUUCUUUACAGAAUAUUUGAAAAUAGCGAAUCUUUUUACCGCAAAAUGUUGGUACGUUUUUGGUUACAUAUGAGAACUUGACGGAUUCGAUGAGUCAACGAUUUCCAGGAGGAAAUUUUAAACCAAAAUCGCAUAUUUAUAUCCUUAUUUUAAUUGACUAUCUUCCCUCAGAGCCUACGAUGACAUGAAAGCGAUGGCCGACACGGCUGACGGCAACUAUCAAGGAAAAGUUCUGACGAACACGGACCUCGAAAAGAUCCACGUGAGAUUAUCCGCCACCCAAGUCACACUGUAAUUUGGAAUGUAGUUCGAAUACGAGCUGACUAACAAUGGAGAACGCGUCGUCCUGGGAAAAGGAACUUAUGGAACUGUAUACUCGGCGAGAGACAUCGACACUCAACGGCAGAUCGUGGUCAAGGAGAUCGAGGUGAAGUACGACGAGGAGGUCCAGCCGCUGAUGGAGGAGAUCAGCCUCCACUCGACUCUCAGCCAUCAGAACAUCGUCCAGUACCUGGGCUGCGAUCUGGCCCAUAAGUGAGUUCGGGAAAGGAACGGGGGAGAUUUCAAAUUUUGACUCGGAAGAAGCGUCAAGUCUCCGAAAAAAUUGAAUGAAUUUGAACUUUUUUUUACUUUUUUACGAAAAGUGAAUUUUUUUUUGCUAGCCAAGAAGAUGUAUCGAAAGCUUUUUCGUAGAAAAAAGCCUUGUUUGAACGGCUGUAAUAUGGCCUAGGAAUAAGUUUGGAGAAAAAAUAAAGAAACAUGUUUUAGCGGAAAAAAGAUAGCUCAUUGGUCAAAAACUUGUAUGUAAUUUGAAAUUUUGUAGUCGAACUUGUAUCCAAAAAAAGAAGAAACAGAUACAAAAAAACAAAAAAACAAAAAAAUGUGGCAAAGCAAACUUUUUUUAAAGUUUAGAAUUUUCUAGACUUAGUGGAACAAAGAAAUAAAUUUUUGAAUAGACUGACUCCGUUAGAUUUUUUUAAAAACAACUCUUCUUUUUUUUCUUCUUAUGAAGUUAAUAAAACAGUUUGAAGAAUAGACGUUUAGAAAAAAGUUUUUUUUUUAAUUUAUGGAUGUUAUUUUUCGAAAAAAUUGAAGCUUUGAGGAUAGUGGAACAUCAUACUCACACUUCCUGGUUCAUAAUUCUGUUUUCAGGCUGAAUAUGGUAGAUUUUUCGAAAAAAGUUGUAAUAAAAGAUUUUUCAAACGAAAGUUGCUGGUUCAUUUUUUUUACAAGGUUAAAUUUGGACAAUACGCAUAGAACAAUACUUCAUUUUUUUUUCUGUUGGAUACGAUUUCCUUGAAACUGUAAACAUGUUUUCGAAUUGUACGUCUUCAGAGACACUGGCAACGACGUCUUCUUGAUCUUCAUGGAGCACGUUCCUGGCGGCUCGCUGAGCAGUCUUCUGCGCUCGAAAUGGGGACCCCUGAACGAGCCGGCAAUGGUGCUCUACGGCAAACAAAUCCUGGAAGGCCUCAAGUUCGAACUCCUCGGCCUUCUCGUUCAUCGCCGUGUUUGUUCAGAUACCUGCACGAGCAGAAAAUCGUCCAUCGGGACAUCAAGGGCGACAACGUCCUGGUCAACACCUACAGCGGCGUCUGCAAGAUAUCCGACUUUGGAACCUGUAAAAGACUCGCCGGACUCAACCCCGUUACCGAGACUUUCACUGGUAGAGUGGUCACUUUUGGAGACUAUAUCAACUUUCUGUUUCAGGAACUCUGCAAUACAUGGCGCCGGAGGUGAUCGACCACGGCCAGCGCGGCUACGGCGCCCCCGCCGACAUCUGGUCUUUCGGGUGCACGAUGGUCGAAAUGGCCACCGGAAGGCCUCCUUUUGUUGAGGUAAUUGGUGAUUUUAACGGUAAAAGCUGGUUCAAAUGGUUCAAAAACUCAGAAAGUCUCGAGUUUUUAGAAUUUUAUAAGCCUUGAUGAUCUUCUUUGAUGACGCACUUGAUUUAAAAAUAAUGCAGGGAAAUGCUUUUUCAUGAUGGUUUUUCAGUUUAGAUAGGAAUUUUUUUUGUCAUCUAGUGAGCUCGAACGUCUUUCUUUAACUUUUGAGAAAAAAAAUAUUGUUUCUUGGGUUUUUUUUUAAUAGUUUCCAUGUUGAAGUUCUGAUCUAAAAAGUUAGCAUUAGAAAUUUUCUUUGGCCAUAGUGAGAAAUCGAAGGAUUUUUCAAUAUAAUACAUUUUCAAUAGUUUUUCUACCUAAAAUCAAUUUUGGUACUCAUAAAAGAGUUGAGUUAUACUGGACUUGUUUAAUGCGAACGUGAUUAAAAGAACUGUCCUUGUAACUUUAUUUGAUCGUAGUCGUUUCUGGUCGGCCGCACGUUUCUGGUCGGUCGCACACCGUUAAUUGGGAUUUUCAGAUGCAAAACCCCCAGGCGGCGAUGUUCCGCGUCGGAAUGUUCAAGACGCAUCCGCCGUUGCCGGCCAUGCUGUCUGAAAAAUGUCGACAGUUCAUCAAAAGGUUCAGGAGGAAAUUGGAACCUUUCAAAACUGUUUCCAUUCUCAGCUGCUUCUUCCCCGAGGCCCAUCAGAGACCCGGAGCCGGCACCCUGCUGCAGGACCCCUUCAUUCAACAGUACCAUCAUUCGUUAGUUUUCAUUCCUUUCAUUUUUCGAGAUCUUUCAAGGAAAAACUGAAAAUGUCUCAAAUAAGGGAUUCAGGAUUUCGAGGACUCGAAGCGGUUCAGUCAACAAGAAGCACGUCGAGCAGGUCAAACAUCAAAGAGGUAAAAAAAAAUUGGAAAAAAAAAGCGAUUUUUUAUAACAGUCCCCAACACUACCUCAUGAGCUUAAAAAAUAUUUUUCUACCUUAUUUUCCUGUUUUUCACAAGUAUACCCUCUUCCUGGACUAAGUGAGUUUCAGACUUGCCCUUGUUUGGUGAAGGCUAAUUUUAAAUUCGGGAAACUAAAAAGAAGACUUCAAUAGGCUUCUUUGUCUCAAAUUGAAAGUUGAACUUGAUAAUUUCAACGGGUUUACCCCUCGAAAUUCCUAUAUCUAAAAGAAAAGAGUAGGACGUUAGAACAAUAAUCUCGGAUUUACCUUUUGUUCUCAACACUUUUCUAUUCUCAGUCCUGAGUACAAGUUACACAAGAUGCAUGAGAAAAUGAGAGAGCCCAGAGAGCUUAAGAAAGAAUGUAGUGGAAUGUGCGGUGAGUGUAGCGCCGGUGGUCGAUAAGAAUUGUGUUCGACAUCACGCUUUUUCUUGUUUUUAGGCUCUCGUUUCUGAUUUUUCUGAUUUUUUGGUUUCCAAUCUUUUAUUUUUUAUUUCGGUCACACGUCAAUCUUCCCUUUCGGGGUCAAUGGUGUCAUUUCUCGAGUUUUUCCAUUUAAAUUGCUUUUCUGAAGACUUUGGUAAGUCCAGUGGCCUUUUUUCCACAGUAAUCGUUAAAAAAGUACUUGAGGGCAUCGGCGGUAGAUGAGAUCCUUUUUGUCACAUUUACAACAAUCCAAUGUUUUUAGAGCUUUAAAUGGAUUACAUGAUAGCAAGAUUGAUUUGUUUUUAUACAGAGAUUCUGCGAUCGACGUCGCACAUCGGUGGAAUGGGCGUGGCUGAACGAUCUCCCAACUCUCCGGAGCCGUCGGCCUCGCCAACGACUCUGACCGCCGGAGGAACUCCCCACUCGGCUCCUGUCAUUCCGAACGUCGCCCCGACGUCGACGACGCCAAAGUCCACCGGCAGGCCCAAUGGCAAGACGGCCCUUGCCAGCGCCAAGGAGGACAAGAAACUCCAUCUGAAGAUCGAUCAGAGGUGCGGCUUCCCUUGUAGAUCUUGAGAAUCCAGAAAUUUCCAGCCGAUGCAGAACAUUUUCCUCGAGUCCCGUUCAGGAUGGUCAAAAUUCCGCUGGAACCAAUGUUUCUCAUCCUGGAUUCCAUCUUAGCCAACCUUCGAGGUGGGAAUUGAAGUUUUUGAGUGAAUGAUAACUAAAACUCAAAUGAAAUUGAAUAAGGAUUAUUAGGCACAAUUUCCAAGGUUCUCUUAACCUAUCUAGGCAGUUUGAAAGGUAGAAAAAGUCAGGGAAACAAAAAAAGUUGGUUAUAUAAAUGAUGAUUUUGCAUUUUUUUUAUAAAGCAUCUUCACCAAAGGGUUCAGUUUUUUUUUUACGAAUUUUUUUGUAUUUUUUCGAUGCUUUGAGUCCACUUCUCAUCCAGAAAAGCAGAAUCCUGGUCAAGUUGAAUAGUAUUCCAGAUUCACAAUGAAACGCUCUUCAAGUUAUGAAUUUUGUCUCAAACCGUACUUAUCAGUUUUUCAAAUCCCCCUCAGAAACUCUCUUUCAAAGUCUUCUCUGAUUCAUCCAACUCUCCAUUAUCAUCAAAUUUCCAGUCCGAUCGUCGACGACAGCAACGGACCUCAUCUGAUCACGUCGCCGGUUUCCCUCGCCAACGGCGUCGGAAGUCCUCUCUCCUCAGCCGGACUUCUUAACAGAACGAUUUCCGACGAGAGCUCCAACAGCAAUCGAUUCUUCAUGCUCCAGAAAGAUUCGGAACGACGGCGAACGCUCGCCCAGUUCAUGUCGGAGUACAAGGAGAGGGUGAGGAAUCUUCUGGUUACCAUGCAUGAAUUAGGACAGUUAAUUAGACCUGAUAUUUCAACUUUGAAGUUUCUUUCUCAUAUUGGAACCCCUUCAUGAAUCUUAACGGAAUUGAUGCAUUUUUCUGAACUUAUAUGAGAAUUUUUGUUUUUCUUCUGAUUCCCAUUCCUUUGGUUGCGCGGAACCGUCUUCUAAACCCAUCCUUCUUGAAGAUCAUCGAUUCGUGGUCGACGCGGCUGAUCAACGCCAACGACUCGGCGGAGAUGGUCGUGACGGUGCACAUGCUGGAGACGAUGCUCGACGGGAUGCGCGAGUUCCUCUCCAAAAAAGACAAUCAUUCGAUGCACAAGACGAUCGACGACAUCCGCUGCAUGCUCGACUACGACACGACCAAGAUUGCUCAAGUUGGACUCGAUCCGUGGAACAACUCAUUCUGAAAUGCUUUUCAGGUCAACCUCGCGCUGUACCUUUUCUCGGACUCGAUCCAGCCCGUCCUUCGAAGGCUCGACAUCAAGCCCCAUUGGAUGUUCGCCUUGUCGAACUUGAUCACCAGCGCCGUUCAAUGCGCGAUCAGCAUUUUGAGUCCUGAUCUUUCGGUUCUUCUUCAUGUUAGUAAAGAUUGCACAGCUUUUCUAAGUCAAAAAGUUUUAAAAUAUUUUUUGAGCUCGAUACUGACUUUAAAUAGCUUACUACUGCAGAAUGAAACCUUAUGUUUCUCAUUUUUUUGUGAAAAAUCAAAUAAGGUAACUUUCAUUUAAAAAGUCAAACUUUCCAGGUUUCCGAUGAGAACGUAGUGCCAGCCUCGUCGAUAAUCAACGGCCAAAGAGGCUCUUCCAUGUCCGAAGGAGAGGCCCUCGACAGCCGUCCUCCCUCCAGAGAGGUCCCCAACAAUUUCCUCUGUAUUUUGACUGAAUUUUCGUUUUCAGGACAGUCGAGUGACCAAGGAAGAUCGACGAGAACUCAGGACGAUUCAGGAAGAAAACGACAUGCUUCUUGAAGAGUUCGUCCUUCUUGUUCAACGUCUUGAAAAGGACAUUCUUUCAGAUUGAUGGCCGCCGAAAGAGAGCUUAAGACGCAGCUCAAGGCGAGCAUCACCCGAACGCAGAGGAUCCGCGACAUGGUCCAGUCCGGCUUCCGAAGCACCUACCCUCCCUCUUUCCGCGCCUCCCCUCUGAUGACGUCACCUCCGACGCCUCCUUUUUCGGCGACGUACGGCGGCAUCACGACGAAUCCGCUCAGCGCCGUCACCUUCUCCAGCUCGGCGCCCACCUCCAAGGCCCAGAAGAUCAUCAUGCCGCCCCACGCCGAGCAGUACAAUGGACCAAGGCUUCAAGAGGAACUCGUGUCGUGGCUUCGAACUCUCGACAUCGACGAUCGGUCCAUCGGCGUCAUCGUGUCUGAACAGUACUGCAAGUCGGAUCUCAUCGAGUUCGUCACCAGGGAAGAGCUCCUCAACAUUGGCGUUGGGUGAGUUUUCAUCAAUGCAAAAUGUUGGAAAGAAUUUCGCUGUAGAUAAGAAAGCUUUUUCAAGGGUUCUAUAUGUUCAUAGGGAUAAUAGAAACUUCGAUUCUGCUUCUGAUGAUUUUGGUUAAGAAAUGAAUCAAGAAAAAACACGAAACCAGCAAAAAAUUUUUCAUUGUUAGUGAAGUGCCACUUCUGUUACUUUUGGAGCGGAUUUACUGAUUCACUUUUCCUCACUUCAUUUAUGAAAAGAUAAUUAGGAAAUUCAUUCACCUAAAUUGAGAAUCAACCAAACCGCGACUAAAAGCGUAUAUAAUAAUUUUUUCAAUUUUGCUAGGUUGUUUUUUGACCUACUAAAUAGAUAAUUAGAGUAAUAAUGAACAAAAGGUGAGACUUUUUCUGCACUUUUUUUUUUGAAAACCAAUUUUUCCAUUCCAUCUCAUCCUUUUUCUAGUAACCCAGCAACUUCUCAACCGCAUAUUAUAAUUCUGAAAUUCUGCGUAAAACUAGCUCUUUUGCCACGAACUACAAAAUUUUUAUUUUAAACACUGUAAAACACGGGUGAUUUCAGCGGCGGCGCGUCGUGCCGAAUCAUGAGAGCCGUCCACGAAGCUCGCGAAAGAUCGCGACGAGCCCCGGUUUUCCUGUCGCCGAUGCGAAGUCGCGACGAUUCCCUCGACGACUACCAUUCGAGCAUCGCCGACGACGUCUACACGGUCGCCGAAAUGAGCUAG